AACACAACGGAGCGGUUUAUAUCAGUCGGUGGACUGGCAGCUGGCGAUGACACGCGACACUUAGAGAUCUAUUAGUGUUAAAAUAGUUUAACAGUUAAACCAAAACUUCCUGUUUCCUAAAUGCAACUGUGUGCAUCACCAGACUCUUGUUCACUUUUCUUGGGUGUAAGCAUUGCAUUGGUUGCACAGGGACAUUGCUACCAUGGUGAUAAAAUUAGAAGUCUGGCUUUUUAUGACAUUGAAGAUCUCACUAACCCUGUGCCAAAUGGACGUGAGGACCCUGAAGACUCAGCCCUGCGAUAUACAUGAGAACAAAACUGAGAUGACGAUUGUGAUGAACUGUCGUGGACGUGGACUCAAAGAUGUGCCAGCGCUCGUAAGAAACGCCACCAGCCUGGACCUAUCGGAGAACAUGAUCAAGAACUUAACAUCGGGAGUUUUCCGACACCUGGAGAAUCUGACCAUUUUAAAUCUGAACUGGGCGAAUAAGGGUGGUAAGGUUGUUAUUGCUGACAAGGAGUUUUUGAAUUUGACCAAGUUACGUACGCUGGAGCUCAGUGGGAUCGGUCUAAAAUGCGUACCAAAAAAUCUUCCAAAAAACCUGUUGGAACUAUUGCUUGAAGUGAACAAGAUCACCCGGUUGAACUCGACAUCCUUUGUGCAUGUGCCAAAUCUGUCACGUCUUCAUCUUUCGAAAAACUGCUACUACUGGAAUCCUUGCUCAAGAGAUUAUCACAUAGAAAAUGGAAGUUUCUCAGUCCUGACGAGAUUGAAAGAUCUUACUUUGUCAUACAACAACCUAACUCAAGUGCCCAGAGGAUUACCGGGGUCUUUAAGGACUCUUGAGCUCGAUUCAAACAAAAUUGCGUACGUCGGAGAGCAUGAUUUCCAAGGACUCGACAAUCUGACAUGUCUAAAAAUCCAAGGAAACUGUCCACGGUGUUAUAAUGCUCCGUAUCCAUGUGUUCCUUGUAAAAAUAAUUCUAUUAAAAUCCAUCCACAAGCUUUUGCCAACCUUGGACAGCUGCGGAUUCUGUACCUCGCAGGGAAUUCGAUCACGUCCAUAGACCCCAGUUGGCUCGCCAACAUUUCGAAGCUUGAGGAGCUCAACCUAUCGUUUAAUUUUUUGUCUCAAGCAGUUACAACGAAUGUGUUCUUAAAUAAUCUGCCACUGCUAACCAAACUCGAUCUUUCGUUUAACUAUGCCCUUAAGAGUUACCCGGAAACAGUUAUACUAUCGCCCAGCUUCGCAAACUUGACCUCUCUAAGGAAGUUGCACAUUCGAGGUUUGGUGUUUCAAGAAAUCCAAGAGAAUACCUUCAGCUCUCUGUAUGGCUUACAAAAUCUCUCUGUGUUGGAUGUGGGGAUAAACUUCAUUGUGCGUGCAAAGUUGAAAAUAUUUGAAAAAUUCCAACACGUGAAACUACUCUAUCUUUCGGAAAACAGAUUUUACCCGGUGAUCAUAAAUAUGGACUUGAGAAAAGACGCAGGCGUUGGUUUCAAAUCCCCAUCCCUCUCAGUGUCAGAACCGAACCCUAAAGAUCAUUCUUACGAUGUUCCAAAAUUUCUCGUGAAGCCAGAGUGCUACGCCACCGGCCGAGUGUUGGAUCUCAGUCGAAAUAACCUAUUCCUAAUUUCUCCGCAACAGUUUGAGAGUUACGGGAACAUAUCUUGCCUCAAUCUCUCCAUGAAUGGCUUUGCCACAGCUCCGAAUGGAUCCGAUUUCAUAUUGCUUCCAGGUCUCAAAUACCUAGAUUUGUCCUACAACAAAAUUGAUCUGGCGUACGAUCACGCCUUCCAAGAGUUACAGAGUCUUGAGGUGCUGGACCUUAGUUACAACGACCAUUAUUUCACUGUGCCAGGCGUGACACACAAUUUGAAUUUCAUCCAAUAUUUGCCCUCUUUGAAGGUGUUGAACAUGAGCUCCAAUAAAAUCAAAACAUUAACCACCAAAAACAUCUCAAGCGCGUCUCUUCAAGAGCUGCAAUUCCAGUACAAUAGUCUUGGCAAGAUGUGGAGGGAAAAUGACAAAACCUACGAUAGGCUUUUUGCAAACUUGACCAAUCUGACUCAUCUCGACAUAUCCUACAACUAUAUCGAGAGAAUCCCUGAUAGAGUGUAUACUCUUCUUCCCAGAAGCAUUCAGAGGUUGCGAUUAAGCCACAAUGGACUGGUGAACUUGAACUGGACAAUGCUGAGACAUUUCCCACAUCUCCGAGAGCUCAUUUUAAGUAACAACAGGAUCUUUCAAAUAUCAAGUAAUUUGUCAGGUGAUGUUCCCUCUUUACAGUUCCUCGAUCUCCAGCAUAACCAAAUAUCUAAGCUAUCCGGUGGAUUUCUACAGGGAGCAGUUAACCUUAAACUGCUUGAUCUCAGUCACAACAAGCUCAUAACUGUCAACCAGUCCACAUUUCCACCUGAAACCGAGAGUUACCUGAAGACGCUGUGGCUCAGCGGCAACCCGUUCCAAUGCACAUGCAACCUACUUGAAUUCAUUCUGUGGAUUUAUAAGACCAAUGUGAAAAUCCCUCGAUUGGUGACCGGAGUGACGUGCGCCAUGCCAGAAGAGAGAAAAGGUGUUCCUGUAAUAAAAUUUGACAUUAAAGAAUGCAUCGAUGACCAAUUGGCCUUUCUGGCGUACUUCCUCUCCAUUGUGUGCAUUAUAUGCACCACUUUCGUGGCUGUCGCUAUGCACCUUUUCUACUGGGACGUCUCCUACUUAUUCUACUAUUUUAAAGCCAGAUUCACUGGAUAUCAGCACCUGAGCUCUGACAGCUGCCUCUACGAUGCCUUCGUCACCUACGACACCAAGGACGAGCAGGUGUCCGACUGGGUGCUGAAUCACCUGCGGGUGCAGCUGGAGGAACGGGGCGAGCGCUUUCUUCCGAUCUGCCUGGAGGAACGGGACUGGCUCCCCGGCUCUCCGGUGCUGGACAGUCUGACCCAGAGCAUCCAGCACAGCCGCAAAACCGUGUUCGUGCUGACCGAGGGUUACGUGACCAGCGGAUCCUUCAAGCUGGCCGUGUUCCUGGCCCACCAGCGCCUCCUGGAGGAGAACGAGGACGUGAUCGUGUUGCUGCUCCUGGAGCCAGUUCUUCAACACUCGCAUUUCUUGCGUCUGCGCAGACGGCUGUGUUCCCGAAGCAUCCUGGAGUGGCCCCGCUCCUCGUGCGCCGAGGCCUGGUUCUGGCAAUCCCUGCGCAACGCCGUACGGGUCGACAACCAGGACAUGUACAGCGACCUCUACAGCCGAUACUUCACCACCAAGUAGAUGCGUGACCCGAUCUGAGCUACGGACACACAGUUAAUAUCAUGCAAAAUUG